UGUGCGCGCCACCGGUUAGUUGAGGUCCACUCGGGCACUCGGCGGGCGAUCGAUCGAUCCAGUCAGUCAGUCAGUCAGUCAGUCCCCGGCCCCGCGUCGAGCCAGCGUCGUAUAUAACGACGGGCGCCAGUAGCCGUUCGGUGAUCUGGCCAACCCGAGCACGGCCAAAAAGGCGCGCACCCAGCGGCAGCAGGCAGAUCGAGCACCACCACACCACACCACAGCUCACGCUUCGUUCGCGCUCGCGCGUGGAAGAACAGGGAGCCGGCGUGCGGUGCGGUGUCCGUCCGGUGCCGGUGCGCAGUUGUGUGCGGUGCCAGAAUGCUGCCCGCCGGGUGCGGCCUCCUCUCGUGCCUCCGCCGCGACAAGGGUGAGGCGGCGGGGCGAACCGACCCCCGCGUCGCGGACGAGCCCGCGUCGUCGUCGUCGUCGCCGUCGCUCGGCAAGGGCAAGGGCGGCAGCGGGCCGGCGGCCAGGCGGUUCGCGUGGGCCGAGAUCGAGUCCGUCACUGCGGGCUUCUCGUCCCGCGUCAUCGGCCAGGGCGGCUUCAGCACCGUGUACCUGGCCUGCCUCUCCUCCUCCCGCCUCGGCGCCGUCAAGGUCCAGCGCAGCAGCGAGCGGCUCCACCGCGCCUUCCGCCAGGAGCUCGACGUGCUCCUCUCGCUCCGGCACCCGCACAUCGUCCGCCUCCUCGGCUACUGCGACGAACGAGAGGAAGGCGUGCUCGUGUUCGAGUACGCACCCAACGGCGACCUCCACCAGCGUCUCCACGGCCGCGGCGGCAAGGCGACGCCGACGCCGACGCUCCCGUGGGCGCGGCGCAUGGCGGUGGCGUUCCAGGUGGCCAUGGCGCUGGAGCACCUCCACGAGAGCCGCGACCCGGCGGUGAUCCACGGCGACAUCAAGGCCUCCAACGUGCUGCUGGACGCCAGCCUCGACGCCAAGCUCUGCGACUUCGGCUUCGCGCACGUCGGCUUCUCGGCCGCGCUCCAGCCGCCGUCCAGCAGCGCGUCGGCGGCGCGCCCCGUCAUGAUGGGCUCCCCGGGCUACGUCGACCCGCACUUCCUCCGCUCCGGCGUCGCCACCAAGAAGAGCGACGUCUACAGCUUCGGCGUGCUGCUGCUGGAGCUCCUCACGGGGCGGGAGGCCAUGUGCGCCGACACGGGGCGCCGGCUCGCCGCCGCCGUGGGCCCUACUCUCACCGGCGAAGGAGGAGGGAAAGUAGACGACGUGGUGGACCGGAGGCUCGGAGACGCGUAUGAUACCCAUGAGGCGGCGACCGUGGCGGCGCUUGCGCUGAGGUGCGUCAGCGAGGGCCCCGGGAUGCGGCCCUCCAUGGCGGAGGUGGUUCGCGAGCUCCAGGAGAAGACCACCGCGCUGAUCUCAGCCGCUGGAUGCAAACCACCCGGCAAGAUGGAUUCCUGUUCUUGAGCUGUAUUGUUAGCCGAAGACCGUAAAUACUAGCUAGCUUUGUUUGUUUAGAGAGACUAGAAGGUAAACGUAAUUGUUCUUCUUAUUUUUUUUAUCUACUUGAGUUUGUUAAAUGCAGUGGAUUAGUGGUUGUUGAAUUGGAUUACGUAGAAAAUUCUUCGUGAUGUCAGAGUUGGUUGUAGAGGGUGUGUAGUGGCUCGUUAAUCAAAUCGAUCUUGCCCAAUUCGUUGAAGAUUGAUGUGAUUUACUCUA